AUGUUCACCCUCACGCGAUUCACGCGACACACAAUCCUCAUCCUUUUCUUCAUCACACUCUCUUUUCUAUUUUAUCACUCUUACAGAAAUCCGCCAACGCAGAAAGGCUCCUCAUUUCUUACAUCAAUCCCAGAAAUUCUGAAGCCUCUCACUUCUGGGAAGCAUCCGCCGCCGCGAUACAAGCCAACACCAUCAUGGCUCCCCCCACCCGUUUUCGACCCAUUCCCCUUGCUGGCGAAUACCGCCGCCGAUCCCCCACCAAUACCCGAGUACAAUAUUCCUCGUCCUGAAAUGCACAAGGAAUACGGCCUCGACCGCGCCCCCCCGCUCUUCAUCGGCUUCACCCGACAGUGGCCCAUGCUCCUCCAAGCAGUCGUCAGCUACAUCACCGCGGGGUGGCCGCCAGAGAACAUCUACGUGGUUGAAAACACCGGAGUGCACAACAUGAACAAGCAAGGCAGACUCACCCUCCAGAACCCCUUCUACCUCAACCACACCACCCUCCACCGACUGGGCGUCACCGUAGUCCAAACCCCCGUUCUGCUUACCUUUGCCCAAAUGCAAAACUUCUUUCUGUCGAUAGCCUACCAGGAAGACCACCCCUAUUACUUCUACAGUCACCAAGACGUCCUCGUCUUCUCGUUUGAGGAAGGCCUCGACUUCAUCAGCCGACCGGCAGACGGCAACUGGGAAUUCUACAGCGAGGCGGAGAAGAAGGAGAUAUUGUCUCCUGUCCAGGCCGGCAAAGAUGGCUACCGGACGAUUUACGAGAACUGCCUCCGCGACUUGCAAACAGUGAUCAAAAGAAAGGAGCGCUGGGGUUUUAGAUGGUAUCAGUACGACCACUUGACGCUUGUCAACAGGGAGGCAAUGGAGGCUGUAGGCGGGUGGGACUCCCUGAUUCCGUACUAUGCAACGGACUGCGAUAUGAAUGGCAAGAUGGGGAUGGACGGGUGGACCAUGAAGCCGAGGAGGGUGGGGAUCAUCAAUGAUGUUUCCACCGUGCUGGAGGACUUGGAAGUACUCUAUCGGAACAAGUACAAGAUGCCAAAGUUUAUCGAUCCAGCGCCGUUGCCGCCGGAGAAGGAGGCAAAGAUCGCAAAGGCCAAGGCGGAAAAGGAGGAGAAGGAGCGGAAGGAGAAGGAGGAAAAGGAGGGCAAGGCAAAAAGAGAGGAACACGGAUUGCCUGCUGAUCAGCUACAGUAUUUCCGAGCUUUGAGGGCCGUGGGCGAUGAGAUGGGCAAGUACAAGUAUCGGGAUGGGGCUGAACAGCGGAACAACUGGCAACGGGCGCAACGAGGUGGUGAAGGAGAGCCGUUUUAUUACAAUGCAGAUGGGUUUCAUAGUGCCUUUUGGACCCUGACAGAUGCCGGGAGACGCAUCUACGAAGAGAAAUGGGGUCAUAGAGGUUGUGACUUGGCGUCUGGCACAUCCCUGACGCUCAAGGACCAGUGGCGUGUGGAGAAGGACUGGGAAAAGAAGAAGGAGGACAAGAAAAAUUAA